AUGGCCCUCCCUAGCUGGAUCUGGAGGCACGCUUUAGCCUACUCGGCCGUCUUUUCGUCACUCCUUCACCCUACCCAUGCCGCUCCUUCUACUUCCCUCUCUGCUACAAACUAUGUCGCCAACUCCGUCACAGCCAUUCGGGAGCUGAACAACGCCUGGUACGAUGUCGAGACUGGUCUCUGGAACGCUGCCUGGUGGAACAGCGCCAAUGCCUUCACCACAUUGGCCGACUUUGCGCUGCUGCGCCUUGAUGAGGCCAACCAGCUCAACGUCGGCGGCUUUCUCCGCAACACCUACACUCAGGCCCAGGUUGUGAGCGUUUCCGUGCAGAAGUUCGUCAACGCUGCGGGCCUUCCCACGACUCUCCACUGCAUCAAUGGAAGAGGGUGCUCAGCCUCGUUUGCUGCCUCUUUGCCUACCAGCCUCUCAAAACGAGGCUUUGCCAACUUCGUCGAUGACUUUUAUGAUGAUGAAGGAUGGUGGGCUCUCGCCUUGAUCCACGCCUACGACGCCACUGGCGACUCGGACUACCUCAACUCGGCUGUUGAAAUCUUCGACGAUAUGCAGACCGGCCGGGGAACCCCCUGCGGCGGCAUCUACUGGAGCAAGGACCGCACCUACGUCAACGCCAUCGCCAACGAACUGUACCUUUCUGUCGCCGCCUCUCUUGCCAACCGUGUGCUCUCCAAUGCCACGUACCUCAGCAUUGCCAAAGAUCAGUGGACUUUCUUCAAGAACAGCGGCAUGAUCAACUCCAACAAUCUCAUCAACGACGGUCUCGACGCCAACUGCAAGAACAACGGCCUGACCACCUGGUCCUACAACCAGGGUGUUAUUCUCGGCGGCCUCAGCGAACUCUACAAGGCCACCGGAGACAGGUCUCUCCUGACGACUGCUUCUGCUAUUGCCAACGCCGCCAUCAACGCCCUGUCCAACUCCGACGGUAUCCUCGUCGAGGCCGACAAGUGCGAGCUCGCGCCCGGCAACUGCGGCACAGACGGCCAGCAGUUCAAGGGCGCCUUCAUCCGCAACCUGCGAUAUCUCAACGACCUGGCACCAAGCACUACCUUCAGAAACUUCAUCCUCCGCAACGCCCAGUCCAUCUGGAACAACGACCGCAACAGCCAAAACAAGCUGGGGCCUUCUUGGCCAGGCCCCUACGUCGCCGCUACGGGGCCGUCCCACAGCAGUGCUCUCGACGCCCUAGUGGCUGCGAUUGCUGUUUCAUAG